AUGGCCUCCCAAACAACCGAUUAUCUUGGCGUUGCUUACGCAUUAUUUGUAGCUGGCGGUGGGCUCAUAGGUUAUUUGAAAGCGUCUAGUGUACCUUCGUUAAUCGCGGGUGGUGGCUCUGGCGCACUGAUUGGGCUGGGUGCAUAUCGUGCACAGGUUCAUGGAAAGCCAGAUUUGGUUUUCGCUGUUAGCCUUGCAUUGUCGAUCUUCAUGGGUAAAAGGUUUUUGAACUCUGGUAAACUGAUGCCUGCAGGUAUCACUUCUAUUGUAUCUAUAGCCAUGGCAAUUCGUUAUGGACUCAGGCUAUUGAAGAAUUAA